UCAAGAGUGGGUGAAGUUUGCUUGGAAGAGAGAUCAAGCAGAAGCUAUGGCUCAAACAAUGUUGUUGAUGCCAAGUUCUGUUUCCACAAAUCUCAAGAGAGAUCCUUCACUCCAAUCCCAAGUUCAGAAAUUAAGGCCAGCACUAUUGCCUAAAAUCCUAUUUAACCCGUCCCUUCCUACAAAACCCAAUUCCUAUAAAGGGCUAACCACUAUUGCUCUCUUCAAAUCCAAGACCAAAGCUCCUCUCAAGAAGGCGGCUCCAACUCCAAAACCCAAAACUGAAGAUGGUAUAUUUGGUACUUCUGGAGGCAUUGGUUUCACCAAGCAGAACGAGCUCUUCGUGGGUCGUGUCGCCAUGAUUGGCUUUGCAGCAUCAUUGUUGGGUGAAGCAGUAACUGGGAAAGGAAUUCUGUCACAAUUGAAUCUCGAGACUGGAAUUCCCAUUUAUGAAGCUGAACCACUGCUUCUGUUCUUUAUUCUUUUCACAUUGCUUGGAGCCAUUGGAGCUUUGGGUGACCGUGGCAGAUUUGUCGAUGACCCUCCAACUGGAAUUGACAAGGCUGUCAUUCCUCCAGGCAAAGGAGUCAGAGGAGCAUUGGGCCUCAAAGAAAGUGGUCCCCUGUUUGGAUUCACCAAGGCAAAUGAGCUAUUUGUGGGAAGAUUGGCACAACUGGGUAUUGCUUUCUCAUUAAUUGGAGAGAUUAUAACAGGAAAAGGAGCUCUCGCGCAGCUAAACAUCGAGACUGGAAUUCCCAUCAAUGAAAUUGAACCCCUUGUGUUGUUCAAUGUCAUAUUCUUCUUCUUUGCGGCAUUGAAUCCCGGUACCGGUAAAUUUCUCACCGACGAGGAAGAAGAGUAGUUAAUGACAUUGCUUAAUUGUAAAACACUAUUGCUUUUUUGCAUUAGCAGUACUUUUUCUCUGCCCUUCUCUUCCUCAAAUGAUCUAUUUUGACAUUAAUUAAGAUGGUCGCAAACCUUUUUCUUC